AUGGACGUUUCAAGAUCUUUCAGUGUACCAGGGAAAGUUUUAUUAGCCGGUGGCUACUUGAUUCUGAAAUCAAAAUAUCAGGCUUAUGUUGUUGCACUUUCUUCGCGUAUGCAUGCUGUAGUAUACCAGGAGAGAAACACAGCGACUGAUGGCAAAUUUAAAGUCACAGUGACUAGCUCCCAGUUCAAUAAUGAUCAAUGGAUCUAUUCUUUGGAUCCAUCUAAUAACUAUGCACUUUCAGAAGCAUCAGGCCGGAAAAAUCCAUUUGUUGAAAAGACUAUAAUUAAUGUAUUCGUUUUAUUUUCACCAAAAGUUGCUGAGUAUGGUCAUAUAUUUGUUAAUAUAUUCUCAGAUUCUGGUUAUCAUUCUCAGAAUGAUAGUAUUGAAAGGAGCAACGGAUAUAAAAGGUUUCGUUUCCACAAUCAAUCAAUAUCUGCUGUUCCAAAAACAGGAUUGGGAUCAUCUGCAGGACUCGUCACUGUCCUUACAACCGCUUUAGUCUCGGUUUUUAACACAAAACUUGACAUUAACACGGAUUCUGACUUAUUUCUGAUCCAUAAUAUUUCACAGAUAUCACAUUGUCAAGCACAGGGGAAAAUAGGAAGUGGGUUUGACGUUGCUGCGGCAGUGUUUGGAACAAUCUUGUACAGACGAUUUGACCCGCAGUUGAUUAACUGUUUACCAAACAUCUCUUCACCUGAAUAUCCUAGAUCGAUCUGUCAAACGGUUAGAGAAACUCACUGGGGUGUCAUAAAUCGCAGCUUCAGUUUGCCUAAGGGUUUAAGAAUUGUAAUGGGCGAUGUAAGUAAUGGCUCAGAGACUCCAAAGUUGGUUUCUAAAGUAAAGGCUUGGUAUGAUGCCUACUGGCCCCAUAGUUUGCAACUUUAUAAGGACAUUGAUAAAGCUAAUAUGCGUUUCAUUGACGGGUUAAAUGAAUUAAACAACUUGUCUAUCAAUAAGCCGGCAGAAUAUUCCGAAUUAUUGGCUGCUAUCCAGCGAGGUAAUGAAUUAGAUAGAUAUCCUGUAUUGAAAAAUAUAAGGGCUGCUGUCAACUCAAUACGUGAAAAAUUUAGAAUGAUAACGUUAGAAUCUGGUGCGGACAUCGAACCACUAAAGCAAACACAGUUAUUGGAAAAUUCAAUGAAGUUGAAAGGUGUUUUAACGGGGAUGGUUCCAGGUGCGGGUGGACACGACGCGAUAGCAUUGAUUGUGACGGACUAUGACUCUUUGAUAGAACAAACGGGAAAUUCGCCAACGUUCAGUGCUGUGACAUGGUUAGAUGUUAUGCAAGAAGAAAUCGGUAUUUUGGAGGAAGAUCCAAGUCAUUACCAAAACUUCACGUAG